AUGUUACUCCCUACAAUAAUUGCUUCUUGUCUGCUGUUUCAGGACACAGUAUCACAAGUAAACCAAAAAAGAUGGUCGAACGGCGAUUCUGCUAGUGAUUAUACGGACCCUGAUGUGACCAGUGACUGUGAAUAUUGGGUAAACGAUAUUUCCUCAACAGAUACUUGUGCGGAGCUUGAGACAUACUUUGGAAUUACUAUCGCGGAGCUUCAUGCAUGGAAUCCCUCACUGCUGGAGGAUUAUUGCGAACUAAUUAAGGGAUGGAGCUAUUAUGUGGAGGGCCCAGCUGUGACCGCUAUAGCUUCUGUCUCUACGAGUACGAGAACAGCUAUCCCUAUUAUCAGUUUUAGUGAAGUGUCGGAUGAUGUCUCCAGCACGAGUUGGGAAUCUGUCACUGCCGCUGCUAUUACCAUGACUACUACUACUUACAAGACCACUGGUACCCCUACCUCCUCCGGCAAAAUCCCCUCUCCCACCUAA